AUGGAGAUCGCUGGCCUAGCCCUCUCUGCCGUAUCUGCAGCCCCAGUCUUGGCAGAGUACGGCUACCGAGUUUACAGACGGGUUCAAGACAAAAGAAGACUCGCCCCCUUGGCGCAAGAGCUGAGAGUAUUUGCUUUGGACGACCGAAAGAACCAGCUUGCUCUUCUUAUCGAGUUGGCCCAACCAGUUCUCAGAAGCCGCACCAUCGUUCCAGAGCACCAAGAGCGGCUUGUCAGGACCUGGGAGCGGCUCAAGGAACAGCUGAGUCGAGUUGAUGAGCUCAUGAACGUAAUGACGACAAAUUCUUCCAUAUGGGACUCAUGGUCACGGCUAGAAGCUCGUAAUGAGUUAAUACGGAUCGGCAGCAGUGGGAUACUCACCCGCCUGAGAAACGAGUUCCGCGACGAUGUGAUGAUGCUUCGCGAGCAUCUCAAGGACUCAUCUCUACUUUGUCUUUCUCCCAGAGACUUUGCAAUCAUUGAGAUCAUUUGCGAAGACCCGACAUUUGUCAGAGGGAGGUCCACAGCUUCCCAAGACAUUCAAUGGUACCUUCUGGAAACCAAGCCGUAUCUGUUGGAGAAGAAAGAGGAAGCUAAAGAGAGCAUCGAAAUACUCUCCUCGAAACUUUCCAAGCUUCAGCCCCACAGCGGGAUUCUCCCUUUGCUUGGGUACCGAGACGAGCCGGGUCGUGACGGUGGCGCUUUCCAGCUCAUCUUUCAAGGACCUUUCGUCGGGGGACUUGCAAUGACGUUGUCAACAUUCAUGGAUCAUUACCCAUAUAAACUGUCCCUAAACUUUCGAGUCGAUCUUUGCUACCAGCUUGCCACGGCUGUGCUUCAGACUCAACUCCUUGGCUUGGUGCACAAGAACAUCCGACCUGAAAACAUUCUCAUUCACACGCUUGAGGCCGUUCAGUCACCGACUGCGAAACCCGGGGAAAACAUACCUGCUCUGAGUCUAUGUGGAUGGCAAUAUGCUCGAGAGGUAGAGCAGUGUGUGACACGUCUAACAGGCGACGUCACUCUUCAGCGCAAGAUUUACCAGCAUCCAGAGCGCCAGCUCCCAACGGCAGAUCGAGAGUACUCGAUGGCACACGACGUCUACAGCUUGGGCGUUUGUAUGUUGGAGAUUCUCCGCUGGGAGAGCGUUUUGCAGCCUUCCUCCCCUUUCGUCUCUCCCGCGUUUGUCGAGACCUUCACACGGCUUGGCUUUCGACCAAACGAGGCCGACCCUGGGGACUACUACACCAAGUUCCCAAACAAGAACAAAGCCAUACUUCUGUCGAUGAGUGAAAGUCUGAUCCCUGGUGAGGCGGGGACAAAGAUGACUCGCAUUGUGUGCGAAUUCUUGACGUGUCUAGAUCGCAAGGGCCAGGAGUUGGACGAGGAACUGAAUGCAUAUGUGAUCAAUGAUGAGGCUGAUAGGAUCAAGGUGGCUAUGAACUUUGUCGACACGGCUUUGAAAGAUCUACGUAGCAUCCAAGCGUCGAUUUGA